AUGUCUGGGCGAUACGCCCUCCGCACCCGCAAGAGCUCGACCGCCGCCGUCAACAGGCCCUGCAAGCCGCUUCCCAAGGUCUCCCCGCGGGCUGCCCAGCUCAAGGCGAGCACCAAGACGGCCCCGCAGCACGCGCCCGGCAUGACGCCGCCUCGCAUGAUCGCCCGUUCCCGCUCUGAGCUCUGGGGCAGCUCGGAUGAGGAGCCUUUUUCAACUCACUUCGUACCCUACUCGUUGCCGCUGUCUGCGAAUGGGCAGUUGCCUUCCUGGGUCUACGAUCUACCGGAGGUCCCGCAAGUCAACUGCCAGCUGCGGCAAGCGACUUGGAACGACUUUGACAGUGACGAUGAGACUGAGGGUGAAGAGGCUGACGCUCCCGCCGCUAACGAAGAGUAA